GCUGAAAGUGUUUAACAUUGUAGAAUCUGCUGUAAUCGCAACAGCUAUGCUGUGAAUGCAACAGAUAACAUAGAAUGUUGAAGGCAAAACACAUUCACAUGUAUGUUUAUAUGUACAUACACACAUUGCUUAAUUAGCGAUUCAUUAACUGGAAUCAGCCAUAAAUCCACAUAGCAACGUUUGCAAACAUUUCGCUAAUAUAUUUAUACUGUUCAAUAUACACAUGUGCUUAUCUAUACACAUAACAGAAGUAAACACACGAAGAUUUUCGCAAUAACAGCGCGACCGGCACAACAACAGCCAGCAAAAGCUCUAAGCGUCAGUUUAGACCCUCGCACACGCGCACACACACACGCGCACACACACAUAUACGCAACGGUAGUUAAUUUUAAUCGGCUGUAAACCCCACCCCACACCACCCCCUCGCGCUAUAUCGCACACUCAUCGACCAAGCUCCAAUAAAAUGAGAAUCGCAGGCGUCAGUCUGUUUUCAGCUUUCGCUCGGCUACCUUCUCUGAUUCGCGUAAGUGCACCUGUACCGACCCCAGUUUCCGGGCACAUCAAAAGCUUCUGCGCACCUGUUUCAUCACGAUUGCUGCACAGCCAAUCAGCCGCAAUGAGUCUGCCGGAGCGUAAGCCGUUCACGCCGGAUUUCUUCUUUCGGCAGUUGUUCGACACGGAGAGCAGCACGUAUAGCUAUCUGCUGGCGGAUGUGGGCACCAGGGAGGCCGUCAUCAUUGAUCCCGUGCUGGAGCAGGCCAAGCGCGACGCGCAGCUCGUAAAAGAUCUCGGCUUCAAGCUGAAAUACGCCAUUAACACGCACAUGCACGCGGAUCACAUAACGGGCAGCGGCUGGCUGCGUCAGCUGACGGGCUGCCAGUCGGUGAUCGCAGCGGCGAGCGGCGCCAAGGCGGAUCGCCACAUCGAGGAGGGCGAUCGCAUCGAGUUCGGACGCCACGCGAUAGAUACGCUGGCCACACCUGGCCACACCAACGGCUGCAUGAGCUACGUGAUCAACGAGCAGGGCUGCAUCUUCACGGGCGACACGCUGCUGAUUCGCGGCUGCGGACGCACCGACUUCCAGGAGGGCAGCUCGAAGAGCCUCUAUGAGAAUGUGCACGCCAAGAUCUUUAGCCUGCCGGACAACUAUCGCAUCUAUCCGGCGCACGACUACAAAGGUCAGCUCGAGAGCAGCGUAUGGGAGGAGAAGCGCUACAACCCGCGACUGACCAAGACUAUCGAUGAGUUCAUCAAGAUCAUGGAAAACCUAAAUUUGCCCUAUCCCAAGAAAAUCGAUGCUUCGCUGCCCGCGAAUCGGGAGUGCGGCGUAUACGACAUACCCAAGGAGUAGAAACUGCAAGGGACUUUAGAUAUACACAUGGUUAUAUAUACCGACCCUUCAAGGGGAAAUGGCUCAAAACACACCUCGGAUUACGUCUUAUACCUUGACUGCAAUAUCCCCACAUACUUUAUAUAUACAUAUAACUUUUAAAUACCUCUGAAAAAUAUAUUUGUAUACAUAAAUAUAUAUUAUAUAUACAAUAUAUAUGAAAGCAUAAAUAAAUAUUUGAAAAUGGAUUACGUAAUGGACUUUAAGUUAAAGCUCAAUCAAAA